AUGGAUAGUGGGGGAGAGUCGCCAUCAGAUUUGCAGUUGGAUGUGCCUGAAAGGGAAGAUAUCGGGCAGGCAGCAUUGCCCCUUUCUCGAGUGAAAACCAUCAUCGGAACGGUUCCCGAUGCUCUGCCAUUAUCACAGGAAGCACUAUUUUGUAUUGCCAAAGGCGCGGAGUUAUUCAUGGAACAUCUAGUGAAGAAUGUUGCCAGUCAGUUUGGAGAACACAUUGAUUACGACGAAGUGGCUGAAUAUGUCUUGGAGAAUGAUGAGCUAGAAUAUUUACAUGAUUUCUUCCCCAGACGUCAAACAUACGAAUCAGCUUUAAGGCAAUUAAAAGCUAGGGAAGAAGAAUAG